CUGGCCUCCAGCCAGGAGGCCCUGACUGGCCCGAGGGUCGGCCGGGUGCCCAGGCCCUGGGGGUCCCAGGAGGAUGGAGUGACGGAGGCAGGAGGAGCUGGGGAAGGCCCGAGAGAGAAUCUGAGAGCAGUAAGUGUGUCCCAAAGAGAAACAGUCACUGGGGCUGAGCCCGGACCCACAAUGGAGAUUCCCCCGGCAGCCAAGCUGGGUGACGCUUUCGUGUUUGAGGACCGGUUGGAGAUGCAGACAAACCUUUUCCCGGAGGAGGACCCGGGGGACCCUUUUCUUCAGGAAAGGGGUUUAGAGCAGAUGGCUGUCAUCUACAAGGAGAUCCCUCUGGGGGAGCAGGACGAUUAUGAGGGGAAUAUCAGUAUGUGCUCGAGCCCCAUCCAGCAUCAGAGCAUCCCCCCAGGAGACAGACCCCAGGACGAUGAGCUGUCCAGCCCAACCUUCUUCCAGAAAUCAGACCUGACUAUGUGCCAGAUAAUCGACAGCGGGGAAGUGUCCGGUAAGCCCGAUGGGGAGACGGCGGGCAGGGGGGACUCGGGACCCGAGGGGCCUCACAGGACUGCACAGCCAGCCAAGCCCUAUGCGUGUCGCGAGUGCGGCAAGGCCUUCAGCCAGAGCUCGCACCUGCUCAGGCACCUGGUGAUCCACACGGGGGAGAAGCCCUACGAGUGCUGUGAGUGCGGCAAGGCCUUCAGCCAGAGCUCUCACCUGCUGCGGCAUCAGGCCAUCCACACGGGGGAGAAGCCCUACGAGUGCCGGGAGUGCGGCAAGGCCUUCCGCCAGAGCUCUGCCCUCGCUCAACACCAGAAGACCCACACCGGGAAGAGGCCAUACGCAUGCAGAGAGUGCGGGAAGGACUUCAGUCGGAGCUCGAGCCUCCGGAAGCACGAACGCAUCCACACCGGGGAGAAGCCCUAUCAAUGUAAGGAGUGCGGGAAAUCCUUCAACCAGAGUUCGGGCCUGAGCCAGCACCGGAAGAUCCACACACUGAAGAAACCGCACGAGUGCGAGCUCUGUGGGAAGGCCUUCUGCCACCGGUCCCACCUCAUCCGGCACCAGAGGAUCCACACAGGCAAGAAGCCAUAUGCAUGCGAGGAGUGCGGGAAGGCCUUCAGCCAGAGCUCCAACCUCAUUGAGCACCGCAAGACGCACACGGGUGAGAAGCCUUACAAGUGCCACAAGUGCGGCAAGGCCUUCAGCCAGAGCUCCUCGCUCAUCGAGCACCAGCGCAUCCACACCGGCGAGAAGCCCUACGAGUGUGGCCAGUGCGGCAAGGCCUUCUGUCACAGCUCGGCCCUCAUCCAGCACCAGCGCAUCCACACGGGACGGAAGCCCUACGUGUGCAAUGAGUGCGGCAAGGCCUUCCGGCACCGCUCGGCCCUCAUCGAGCACUACAAGACCCACACACGGGAGAGGCCCUAUGAGUGCAACCGCUGUGGCAAAGCCUUCCGGGGCAGCUCGCACCUCAUCCGCCACCAGAAGGUCCAUGCAGGGGACAAGCUCUAGAGGAGGGGCUGGCACCACGGCCUGCGCCUCUGCCAGCUGGAGCCCUGCCCCCCGCUCAUCUGUGAGGCCUGCCCGCCUCCCCAGACCAGUGCCUCCUGGAAAUGCCCGCCCACCCUGGUGGCAGGGCCUGGCCCCCCUCCGCGGCCCUGGCCCAGCAGGGGGACUGGGUGGGGUGGGGAGGGAGGCCAAGGGCCAGGGCGCCAGGGCACAGCCGGCUCUCAGUUGUCUUGUGCUCACCUGUGACCCAAUGGGGUUUAGUUUUGCCCUCUAUUCGCU